GUAGAUUAUCUUGUGUAACAUAAACAAAAGGUGUGCAAAUAAAACGCCGCACCGCAGUGCAAUCGCAUUUUGAAAACGCAAAUAAAAUAUGGCCUGGGCUCCAUCAACAAACUUCGAGGAUGAUUUGGUCGAUUUACAGCCUGAUUUCAAUUUAAUACAUGGACAGCUAGCGUAUGAAGCCAAGCAAAAGCAAGACUUUACUCCGCGUCCAAAGUCAACUUACGAGUAUUUGGCUAAACGGGAAGAGCGGAAUGCGGAGAUUGAGAAAGAUCGAAGCACAAAGUCAAAGGAAAUAGGCGCCAGUCUGGCCAUGAUGGAGCGUAUUCAAAUGAUAGCUGGCACUAAGCCGUUAGGUGAGCACGCGACAAUGUCAGAUUGGGAUGACAAAAGCACCGUGGAGAAGGAGGCGAUUGCUAUGAUGCGACAUUUUGGCAUGAUGUCAAUGACUGAUGGCUCAUUAGCUCCGUCACGAACUGAAUCGUUGCCACACGGCAGCAUUCAUGUUAUGCGAAAUGGUCGACGAAGUAUGCCAUUGAUCUUGGAUCCAAAGUAUUUUGAACCGGGUAAAAAGCGCCAAACGAAUAAAGCGAAUAUAUCCAAAAAUCUAAAGAACAAGCAAUCUGAAAAUAUUGGCAGCGUCUAUAAUACUGGCAAUUCGCAUUUGAAUGAUACGGAAAGCAGCCGCGAUGACAAUGAUUGUAUCGAAAUACCCUAUAAAUUGCUUGUAGAAACAACAGAAACGGGAAAAGGCGAAGGGAAGCACAGAGUCGUCCAAUAGUAAUAGAAUACUCUAACCCAAAUCUGAUAAAAUGUCAUGAAAUGAAAUGUCAUGAAAUAAAAUGAAAUGAGAAAAAUGUGAUCCAUAUAAUUAGUACAAAAUGACACAAAGCGUGCCUGGAAUAUUUCUUAAAAAAUAUGUAUUUUGUUCUAUUAAAAAAUAAAACAAAACUAAGGA